AGAUAUGCAAAAUGCAGAGCCUAAUGAGCACUAGGCAAGUUCCUGCCCCCUCUGAGACUCAGUUUCCCUUUUGUCAAAUGGGGUGGGCCUUGAGGAUGCCUUGGGCCCUCCUAACUCCUAUGGGGUGGGACCUGGAGGGAGACAUGGGUGGGCAGAGAGCCCAGACUGGGCCUGUCCCCGGCCACUGGCAGCACAGCCAUCCUAUCCCUGGCACUGUGCCUUGGUUGGGCAGCUCUUAAAGGAGCUCUGUGGGCCCUGGCUGCUGCUGUGCCUGAAGCCAGUGGUCACCUCUCCACCCUUGGGGCUCCAGACAUCAUCCUCAGAUUCAUGCCUUUCACACAGAACUGUGACAGUUCCCUUAAGGCCCAGGACUCGGGGCCCCCAGCCUUGUGGCCAGGAAGGCUACUGGGAGCUGCCAAGCCCACCCCCUCCCUGAAGCACAGGCUGAGAGCCAGAGGGGGGCAGAGAGCUUCAUUCCUAAGCUCAUAUAGUGAGGUGGGAUCUAGCCUGUCCCCUAUUUCCUUGGGCUUCAAAAAUCUUGGGUAGAAGGCCCAGGGAGAGGGGCCUGGGUUCUAGUUCCGAUUCUGCAGCCCCCUUGAGCAGGCCCUGCCUCUCCAGGCCUCAGCUUCCCUCUGUCAAGUGGAGCUGAGGUCUUGGUGAGUCCUAAGGACCAGCGAGGCAGAAGGAUGGAAAGUAAGCUCGUCUCCUUCUCCCUCCUUCUCUGGGCAAGUAUUCCCCAUGCCCACCGCAGCCCUCCUCCCCGGCAACCGUCGCCACGGCAACAUGUGUUGUGGUUGCCAAUUUAACGUUAGUGCCGGCCUUGGGAGGCUGGUGAUGGGCAGGGCCAGGGCCUGGGAGGGGAAGCGUUGGGGACAUAGAAGAACGGGACCAUGGGGGCCUGCUGCUCAGCGCUAGGUGACCUCCGCAGUGAGAAAGACAACAAGGCCAGAGAGAAGCUGAAGACAACCAAGAUCAUCUUUGUGGUGGGUGGACCUGGCUCAGGGAAGGGUACUCAGUGUGAGAAGAUUGUCCAGAAGUAUGGCUACACCCACCUCUCCACCGGGGACCUCCUGCGGGCUGAGGUCAGUUCAGGCUCGGCCAGGGGCAAGAUGCUGUCAGAAAUCAUGGAGAAGGGGCAGCUGGUGCCAUUGGAGACAGUGUUGGACAUGCUCCGAGAUGCCAUGGUGGCCAAAGUAGAUACUUCAAAAGGCUUCCUGAUUGACGGCUACCCACGGGAGGUGCAGCAGGGAGAAGAGUUUGAGCGGCGGAUUGGACAGCCCACGCUGCUGCUGUAUGUGGAUGCAGGCCCCGAGACCAUGACCCAGCGGCUUCUGAAGCGUGGAGAGACCAGCGGGCGUGUGGAUGACAAUGAGGAGACCAUCAAGAAGCGGCUGGAGACCUACUAUAAGGCCACAGAACCUGUCAUUGCCUUCUAUGAGAAACGUGGCAUAGUGCGUAAGGUCAAUGCUGAAGGCUCCGUGGACAGUGUCUUCUCCCAGGUCUGUACCUAUCUGGAUGCCCUGAAGUAGCAAAGCCUGGAGCUUCUUCCUCAGCUCACAGUCCUGCCCCAUCCCUGUCCUGACUCCAGGCCGUCCUGGCCCAAGCCCAGUGCCUCCACCCUACCCGGCUGGAGCACAGACAGAGGAAGCUACUUUAUCCUGUUUUCAUGGACAGCCAAGCACUAAAGGAAUUUCCAAGGACUUUGGUUUUACUCCUUUUUCUUUGCUUCCAAUCUGAGUUGAUGCUCAUGGUUUACCUGCCCCCUCCUAUGCCCCCAGCCCCUCACCCUCCCAUUUCUCCUAGAGCCCCUCUGCCUACCUUCGAUAGUGGCCCCUUUCCUAGCUGCAGUGGAAGCCCCGAGGCCCUUCCUUAAGCAGGGCAUGCCCCGCCCAUGCUGUGCUAGGCCUGGGAUCUGGCGGCGACUGAGAGGCUGGUCCUUGCUCUGGGAGAUCUCGUGGUCAGGCACAGCUGGGCCCCAGCCUGGGUUCUGUGGCCAUGCUUUGUGGCCUUGGCCCUGAACCCUCAUCUCCCUGAGCCUGUUUUCUCAUCCUUUGUUCCGGAGGAGUUACUCUGUACCUAACCCCACCGGGGCCUGGGCCAUGGUGAGGUGGAUGGAGUCCUUUUCUCCUGCCCUUGGGGCUUCCUGGGCCGAGCAGGCUGUGAAUUGGUGUCCAGUUACCCUUGGUACAAGAUACUCCAAGGGUCUGGAAAAGGUCUUGGUGAUUGAAUGAGGGGGCCAUGGUCAGGGGUGGCCUCCCUGAGGAGGUGAGACCUGAAGGAAUCCCACUGCAUGACCCUGUACAGGUCACAACCUGCCCUCUCUGAGCCAAUUUCCAAAUCUGUAAAAUGGGCUCACUGACCCUCCCCAUCAGCUCCUCAGGGUUAAGACAAGAACACCCUGAGCAAGGGGUGUGGGUUGUCAGUUCUCACACUCUGUGGGAGUUGGAGACCACUGUGCAGGGCUGGAGAUGUCUUGGGGUGUCCCAGAAUCUCCCCAGGGAGAAUGACCUUCCUUUUCCGUUCUUUUUCACUCUUUGAAGUCAUUGUGGAGGAGGCUCAAUGUGGUGCUCAUCUAUCCUUAAUGCCCCUUCAGCCCUUGCUGGGCUCCCUUUAAAGCCAAGUGAGCUGGCCCCAGCUUUGCCUUCAGCAGCCCCACCCCAGCUAGAAUGAAAUCCCGCCUUUUGAGGUUGAUUGUGCUCAUUUUAUGUCCUCUUUUUUUUUUUUUUUUCUGUUUAUGGCAAGUGGGGCUGGUUUUCCAUUUACAUU